AAUCAACAUGCAGAUCACCAGGCCAAGAUGGCCGCCGAAAGACGAAAUUCGAGUCACUCGGAUGUGUUAGGAACUUUCGGAACGAUUUAGCGGCCUUUUAAAACGUAUGUAGGCGAUCGGAACCAAUCAGAAAUUUGUACAGACAUUACAGAAUCGAUCUAAGUUAUUUUUUGUUCGAGAGACUCCAUGAGAGGCCGAUAGAACGCCGCCAUGUUAGAGAGCUGGGUCGCCUGGGUGGUGAACUCGUACGUUGGAGAGUACGUAGGGUUGGAAUACCUGAACACUGAUCAGCUAUCGGUGGCUCUGGUGCACGGCUCCGUAGUCCUGGAGAACCUGCCUCUCAGGAAGGAUGCUCUCAGGAAACUGGACCUGCCCAUAGAGGUCAAGUCAGGAUUUAUCGGCCAGCUGACCAUCAGGAUCCCAGUCACCAACAUCCGCAAUGCACCCUGGGAGAUUCAAAUCAAGAAGCUGUACCUGGUGGCUGGAGCACAGCCCAACCCACAGUAUGAUGAAGAGGAAGCCAAAACAUCAGAUUUGGAGAACAAGAAAAAACAGCUAGCUGCCCUGGAAGAUCAGUGGAAGGCACAGCAUCAGCAGCAGUCCUAUUCCUUCUGGUACUCCCUGGGGUCAUCACUCCUGAACAAGGCUAUCACUAACAUACAGAUCAACAUCGAGGAUGUCCACAUUCGUUACGAGGAUGACACCUCCCUUCCCGGUACCACCUUUGCUCUGGGCAUCACCAUGGACAAGUUCUCACUGUCCAGCACAGAUCAGAAAUGGACCCAGAAGUACCCCACCAAAGAGACGGCUGACGUGGUGCGUAAGCUGGGUAAACUGGAGGGGUUUGCUGUGUACUGGGACACGGAGGCAGAGCCACUGGGGGAUGUCACACCUGCACUGUUAGAGGAAGAGCUACAGAGAGCCAGAACCAAGGCAGAGGCCCCCGACGUCCACAGCUACAUCAUCUGUCCCGUCAGCGCGGAGGCUCGUGUCUGGCAGAACCACUCGGCCCUCCCGCUGCGUUCCCGCGCCAUGCCGCGCUUCCAGUGCGAGAUUCAGCUGGACGACCUUCCCAUCAGCCUCAACCAGACCCAGUUCAGGUGCAUGAUGGGAUUGCUGCGUGAGUUUGACCGGUACAGCCUGGCACGGAAGUACAGAAAAGGACGGCCUACAGAGCCGGUUAGGGGGAGGUGCCGUGAGUGGUGGCAGUUUGCGAUCCGGUGCCACCUGCAGACUGUGCAGCAGCGCCACCACAGAGCGUCCUGGCAGUACGUACUGCAGCGAGCCAGGGACAAUGUGCAGUAUGUGGACCUGUACAGCGUACAUCUCACCACACCACAGACUCUGUCAGAACAGGACAAGGCAACUAUGGACAGGAUAGAGAGCGAGUUGUCCAUAGAUGAGCUGAGAAUCCUGGUGGAGAUUGCCAUGGAGAGAUGUCAGGGGCAGAUGGCAGCUCAGGGGCAGACUCAGCAGGCAGACAGUCAGUCGGCAGCCCCCACCCCUGGGGACGGGCAGCAGCAGGCCUGGGGGUACAUGUCAUCCUGGUUCCCUGGGUGGGCCCAGUGGUACACCUCCCCCCAGGGACAAACUGUACAGGAGGACAUCAGGAAACAAGUCAGCCAGGAGAUAGAACCUGUCAUAGAUGAAGAAGAGAUCCUGGCCCUGGUGGUAGACUCUGCAGCAGACAACACCCUACUGAGGAGAGACCUGGUCUUUGCACGCCUCGACUUCUGUCUGAAAAAUGGCUCUGUCACACUCCUGCAGGCUGCAAGUGAGGCUGAACGGUCAAAGGUGAAACCAAUCCUGGAGGUGUCCUGCUCUGCGAUCAGCCUGGGGCUGGAGCUGCGGCCACGGUUCAGCUCCAACCUGCUGACCAUCAGUCUGGGGGCACUCAGGAUCCAGGACAGGACUACAGAGGACACAAUAUAUCCCUGUCUACUGGCUCCUCAGUGUACGGAAGGUAACCAGGGUCUCCCCCGACAGUUUGGUGUGUACAGUCGUGCAGGGCCGUCCUCAUACCUGCAGCAGACAGUUCCCAAACCCAGCUCUGACGACCCUCUCUUCAACCUGGUGUAUGAACAGAAACCUCUCAAGAGCCAAGCUGACCACAGGUUGGAGGUGACAUCCCGUGCCAUGGUGAUCGUGUACAACUCCACGGCUAUGCACAAGAUCGCUGAGUUCUUCCGCUCUCCGCACAAGUCCCCCGGCCUGAGGUCACAACCCUCGGAAACACAGCUCACCCAGCUGGCUGCACUGGCCAGGACCAGAUAUGAGCAGCUGAAGACACAGACCCAGGCAGAGAUCCGUCAGACACUGGACCAACUCCUGGAGGGAGAGAGUCAGGGGAGGUCAGCUGUGUGGGAUGUCAGACUGGACAUCUCUGCACCACAGUUCCUGGUGCCACAGAGCUUCACUGACAAGAAUGCCACCAUGGUUGUGUUUGACUUUGGUCACCUGAGUUUCUCCAACCACAAGGACAAACCAGAUGAGCAGAAGGACAGUAUGGAGUCAGACAUUGAUGAAGAAGACUUUGUGACGCCGAUGUCCAGCCCUGCUGCCACCCCUCCCAGUGAGCCGGUAACACUGGAGAGGUUUGUCAGUGUACAACAGGAGCUGUCAGCUGAGGACCUGAGUGAACAGGCACUGCAUGAGAAACUAUACGAGAGGUACAAGGUGGGCUUCUCGGACCUCCAGGUGAUGGUUGUGAAGGGGAGGGACAACUGGCGCCACGCCCACUCUAAGGGCACCUCCCACAUGCACGUCAUCGACAGGUUCAGCAUCAGCCUGCGUAUGGAGAGGAGGCUGGUGUACACGUCUGACCCACAGUGGCCCAAUGUCACGCUGGCUGGGAACCUGCCCAAGCUGGGGCUGCAUGUUAGUGAACAGAAGGUCCAUGCUCUGCUGGCCUGUAUGAAAGCCCUGGGAGGAGAUGAGCCCAGCACACCUUCACCUGACCUUGACCCCGUUGACCUGCCCUCUGACAUGAGCACGGCCAGCACCCUUCAGGCGACCCUUGACCUGUCCAGGUCACCCAGUAAGGUGGAGAAGACAGGCAGCGAGGUCAUGAGAGAAAUCCUGGAGGAGUCUCGUCUGCUGCUGACGGAGUUCUCAGUGGACUCCAUGAGUGUGGAUGUGCAGAGUAGAAGCCGUAGUGUAGCAGAGUUGCAGGUGUCGUCAGUACAAGCCUGCAUCACUAAGCGCCCGUACGACACCUCUAUGACUCUAACUGUACACAGUCUGCUGCUGGUUGACGCUCUGCAGACAUUUGGGCCGGACUUUGAGCUUCUUGUUGCAUCUCACAAAGACCUGUGUAUGGAUGUCCAUGGUGGGUCUUUGGUGGACUCUGACCAUGCCUCAUCCCCACGUAACAGUCAGGACACCACGUCUGACCGAGCCAGCUCCCCCGCAACUCUCGCUGACAGAACAACGUCCCCACCCCCGGCUAGUCUGGGAACCAGCCCACCAAAUCUGACCUCUGACUCGCCCUUUGACCUCUCGACCUCUGUCCUGUCGGACACCGACGCCCUCAUCACCAUGGAGUUUACCCAGAUCAGUCCGGACUGUCCCACCCUGGUGAACGGAAAUGGGGGUCCGCGGCAGAUUGCGUCCCUGCAGUUCAACACACUGGAUGUGAUCGCUAACCCAGAGACGGUCAUGGAACUACUGGGCUUCUUCCAGAGAGUCAUGCCAAAGGACAGGGCAGCAGACACUAAGAUCCCAGAAGAUGAGGUGUGGUCAGAAGACUCCGUCCCUCAGAGUGACCUGUUGUCCAGUAAGACCCAGAUCACAGCUGACUUCAACAGGCUGAACGUCCUGGUACUGAGGGCUGUGCCAUCUGGGCACAGGAACGUCGGUUAUAAGGUUGCCACAGCGACCAUGAGUGGUGCCCACGUGAUGACGACCCUGGGAGGGGAGAAGGAGAUGGAGGUGGAGGGGUCGCUGGACGGGCUGCAGUUCCUGGACCUGACACCAGAGGGUGCCAGGCACAAGAAGGUCUUCACCAUGGGUCAUGACCCCACCUCCCUGCAGGCCAGCCUGCCUGACAGAGGACAAGAGAUCAUGUUGGAAAAUGCCUCAUUCAUCACUGCCUGUGGCUCUUCUGUGUUCCAAGAUUUCACCACCAACAAGCCCAAAGCCCUGCACUUCACCCUGACCCCCUCUGACCCUCAACCCCUGACCUCUCCCCUCUCCACUUCGACCCCUGGCCCCUCGGUGCUGCCGGAGCACCUGCCAGCUGACAACAGCUCCCUGCGGCUGCAGCUGAGACUAGCAUCUGCCUGCUACACACAUUCUCCAAGACUGCUGCAGGACCUGAGCCUGUGUGCUGACCAGUUCACCCAGUACACGGCCACCUGGGCCACGUCCCUGCGCUCGGCCGCCAGCGAGAUGGCGCUGAGUUUUGUGAAGAAGUCCGACCCCCUCAGCAUGUCUGUGGGACCCACCGGCCUGUGGGACUCGUCCAGACGCCUGAGCCGGGCUGGGAGCUACCGCGGGCUGAACAGGGCCGACAGUCUGCAGCAGAUUAGCAGGGACAACAGGCCGGGGUUACUGAAGUUUGAGAGCCUGGAUGUGCUGGAGGAUCUGAUGGGGGAGGCAGAGACACCAGCCAGGAGGCUGGAGCUGGACAUUGUCCUGCAAACCCCCAUAGUGGUCCUCCCCAGGAGCCAGCACAGUCAGGACAAGAUGGUCGCACAUCUCGGACAGAUUUCCAUACACAACACCAGGUCGUUGUUACCUGACCUGUCCACUCCAGCAAAGGUUGACAGCGGUGCAGAACACUUCCAUGUGGAGAUCCGAGACAUGAACAUGUACUCCUUCAACGGCGAACAUCAGAACCGCUCUCGUACCAGCAGUAGUACCAGUAUUAACCUCUCCAGCUUACAGGAACCAAGUAUCUCAGAUAGCAGCCAGUACAUGAUGACAGACUGUGGCACCCCCAUCCUACACAACACCACCCUGCAGUUAACCCUGGUGAAAGGUACCGUCCCGCGACCAGGAACCGAUGGUGUGGACACAUCAAACCAAGCGGCGCCAACCGCCGCGGACACCACGCUAACCGACGAUGACCAGAACCCGUGUCUUAAGGUAUCAGGGAAGCUGGUCUCCCCUCUUAAACUGGUCCUAUCCAAAAGUGUUUACGAGCAAGUCAUGGAAACUGUCGACAAUCUCACAGCAAACAACACGUCAGGCAAACCAGGAGAGACGCGGUCAGAAGAAAAGACCCAAGCAGAGGUGGUAAAGGAAGAGGGGCAGACGACAUCCGUGUCAGCUCUGAAACUUGAAGAGCCACUGCUGAGGGACAGAGUUGGGUCUGCAGCUGAGGAGAGUGAGGAGGUAGACCCGCCGAUGGUUGUACACGGCAGCUUUGACAUGCCCGAACUCACUGUGCAGCUGAGUGGAGACUUGAGCGAGGGUGAACAAGGGUUGGUGGACUUGUCCUUCCAGAACCUUAAAGCGACAUACGUGAAAGACAACCCACACACGACGUCGAUCAAGAUCAGUCUGCGAGGGCUCCUGAUGGAGGAUUUGCUUCAGCCAGCAGACUCGAAACAUCGGCAAUUAAUGGUGUCGUACCCAAAAAGAAGGACUAAGACUCAGAGUGUAAGCAGAGGACAGCCUGUGUACAUAUCCACGUCCCUUCCCACGCACCCACACUUGUUAGAACACGUCCACAUGCCCUCUUCCCUCCCCGCCACACUAGAUUCGAACCUGCGAGAGUACGUGGAAGUACCGUCCUACCCAGCCACGCCGCCUCCGUCUCCACAACGCACGCGGUCGCUGGAAGACGUGACGGAGGAAGAGACGGAAGAGUCGCUGGUGUACAUCAACAUCCUGCUGGUGGAUAAGAACUCGCCAGAGUUUGCCACCAAGUACAAAAGAGUGAACCGUUUUGUUGACGUGGACUUCAGCUGCCUGGACACGACCAUCAACCUGCAGACCUGGGUGGUUCUGCUGGACUUCUUCGGCAUCGGGAGUCCCAAGGAGCCGGCACCCAGUCCUACUGCUGCUGGGCCGGGGGAACCAGAGACGCCUGAGGGGAGUGCAGCCUCUCCAGAUGCACCAGAACAGGUCAACACAGAGGUAGAGGUGAAAGUCCGCUCCCUGAGCCUUCUUCUUAACAAGCCGGAGUACGAGCUUGCCAAGGCGAACGUUGCUCAGCUGUCGGCGCGCGUGUCGCUGGUGGACGGGAACAUGGCGGUGAUGGGGAACCUGGGGAGCAUGUCCGUGCUGGACCUGACGCCGCACGGCGCGCUGUACCGCGAACGGUUCGUCACCAGCGGGAAGGAGGCUCUGGACUUCAACAUCUUCAAAUACGGCCUCCCAGACCCACACCUUCAGCGGGAGUACGACAUCCGUGUGCGUCUGCGGAUGUCGUCGGUGAGGUACGUGCUGACUCAGCGUUUCCAGGCCGAGACCGUGGCGUUCUGUCAACACUUCAAACAUCUGCAGGAACUACUGGGCACCAUGAGGGCCGCCACGUCUGGCCAGAAGGUAAACGAGGCGCCGGGUCACGCAGCACGUAUCCUGAUGGACAUCUCGGCCGGAGCGCCCGUCAUCCUGUUCCCCGAGAGCUCCCGUUCCUCCAACAUCCUGGUCAUGAACCUGGGACAUCUCACCGUCUUCAACCGCUUCCUGUUUGCCGGUGACAGGGGAACAAUAGAGGGGGACAAGCAGAGGGAUGCUGCCCAACAGCCAAGCGAAGACCCCUCCCGCAAUGCAUCACAGGGCAGCUCGGUGGUCUACACCGUCCAAGAUGGCCUGCUGGGAACACUAAGCCCCCCUGAGGUGUCCCCUGCACACAGGUGCCUGUUAGACUGUAUGGAAGUGGAGCUGCUGCAGAUGGACCUGUACUCGGCCGAGAGGGUGGACUGGUCAGGCACUGGUGCAGAGGACACCCUCAUGUUUCCAUCAUUUAUGGUGGAGAGGAAGGGAGGCCACCCCCUACAGGAGAGAUGUGUGUUGAAGUUGAGAGUGGAGAGGAACCUGGAUGGAGAAAUCAGUCAUGAUGUUCCAGACUUCAAUGUGCUGGGGAUGCUGUCCUCUGUGUACUGUUCCCUGGACCUGAACCAGUACCAGCUGGUGAGAGGUAUCCUGCACUGUAACCUGGGAGAACCGCUCGAGGAGUUUGAGAGACCGCCGACUGCCACACAGGAACCUUCAAUACAGACUGUACUGAGUGGUAAUGUAUGGACAGGCAUGUCCAUCCACAUUGACCUUGUGAAUGUCAGUAUGGAGCUGCUCCUGGCCCAUGCCCAGCAGGACAAGCCUGCGCAGUCCCUCGCCAGGUUUGAGUUUAUCCGCUCCAAACUGUCCUACGAGAGCUUCUCCGACCAGUCCAAGGACGUGGAUCUCGUUUCCCACGCCAUCGUGGCCCGCGACACAAGGUUCAAAGACCAGCCUGCAAACCUGCGUCCCAACGUGUUUGAGCAGGUCCUGGAGCCCUCGCUGCAGUACCACCAGCAGGGGGCGCUUCAGAUGGAGCUGCACUACCGCUCCACACAGGACUUCACGCGCUUCACCGUCCUGCUCAACAACAUGCGCCUCAUGGUCGUCUUCGAUUGGCUGUCAGCCGUCAAGGACUUCUUACUCACUGAUCACCAGGAACAGGGAGAAGAGCCCCAUACGACAGAUGACUUCCACCCCCCCAGUCCCCAGCCCCCCCAGCCUGUGAACGUGACCCAGGGGGUGGUGACCAAGCGAGGCCCCCCUCCCAAACCUGAACCCUCCAUGACGGAGAUCAAACUCAACGUCACCCAGACAGAGUUUGUGGUGGUGGAGAGCACUGCAUCCUGGGACACCAAUGCCAUUAUCUUGAAGUCCACUGCAGUGCUGACCUACCGACCCCAGAUGAUCGCCCGUCCUGUCUCCUGCAGCCUCCAGAGUCUCGAGGUCUUCUCCUGUCAGCUGGGCAACGAACAGGACACUGCACUGUCCAUCAUCGACCCACUUACUGUCAACAUCGAGCUCAAACCCAGCGCCAACCAGCCCCAGGCAGGGGGACUGUUAGAUGCUACUGCACUGCCAGACCUUCCUCCUAUGUUAGAGGUGGUAUUUCACACCCUGAACAUCCGAGUCUCCUAUCACGAUAUCCGGCUGUUCCUCGCCAUCCUUAACUCCCUCCCCAAGCAGACCUCCGCAACAGCCAAUCACAACGGAGCACCGCCAGAACAACAGCAGAAGGGCGGGGCUGUGCCGGCUGUUUCCAGGGGGAGGGGCGAUGGAGGAAGGAACAGCAAACAAGUUAGGGGGCCAAUGGAAGAAAUUGACAUGGUACAGAAGCUGCAGGAGCUGGGGUUUGCUGCGGAGGACUGCAGACAGGCGCUGCAGCAGAGUGAGAACCGGCUGAACGUGGCUGCAGCCUGGCUGCUGGAGAACGCAGAACCUGUUCCUCAGAAGAGACGCAGAGUGUCGGGGGACAGACAGGGGGGACAGGAGGGCGGCAUGAGGCUGUCUGGAAUCAUGGUGACAGCUAACUGUGCCUGUCUGUGCCUGAUUGAUGACUGUAAGGACAGUGAUGUACCACUGGCUGAGGUCGCACUACAUGAGCUGAUGUUUGUGCAGUACUUGGAGGGACUGGUGAAGGGUUCCCUGAACUGUGCCCUGACUGUGGACUACUACAACAGGGAACUCUCAGGCUGGGAGCCACUUAUAGAGCCAUGGAAGUCUCAGUUUGGUUGGACGAAGCAGCCAGAGUCAGAUGUCCAGCCGUCUGCCCUACAGGUGCGCAUCACUGCCGAGGACAGACUAAACCUCAACAUCACCAGCAGCUUCCUGGACCUGUACACAAGCACACAGAAGAACUGGACUGAGGACUAUCUCAAUGGCCAGACCGUGUCGGGUGCAGCCCCUGUGAGAAGACGAUCACCGUUUGUGCCAUACCUGCUGAGGAACCACACCGGCUGUCAGCUAUCCUUCGCCACACAGACUACCUCAUCUUCAAGAGCUGAGCCCCUGGGUUCCCACGGCAGACAGUCCAGCGACAAAGACAGCCUACUGAGCGACUGGCACCGGGUCAUGCCGGGCGAGGAUGUACCAUUCGAGUUUGAGGGGAGGGGCAAGCUGCGCCACCGUCACACACACGAACUGCGGGUGCACCAGCUGGUGGUGCAGGUGGAAGGGUGGCACCAGGUGUCGCCUGUGUCGGUGGACAGGGUCGGGGUGUACUUCAGGGACGCACAGCCGCUCAGGGCAAAGGCUGAGACUAUAUUCCAUGACCUGCCCCCAGCCAGGAUAGUGUUCGCAGUGACCAUGGAAGGCAGUGCACAGAAGGUGGUCACUGUGCGGUCAGCACUGGUCAUCAAGAGCAUGCUGGAGGUCCCAACUGAGCUCAAACUGGACAAUCCUUCUGUACCUGAUGGUCCCAUCCAGUUGCCAGUCCUGGAGCCCAACUCCUCCAUCUCCAUCCCCCUGCCCCUGGUGUCAUGGCGGCUGUACGCCAGGCCUCGCGACUGGGGCGUGCAGUUCUAGAAACCGCUAGAGUGGAUGAAGGUGCUGAAGGGUGGGGAGAGGCUGGACAGCAUGAGGGAAUGCUCGGCGGGAGAUGACAGAGGAACCUACAGGUUCUGUGUAUCAGUGAGAAGAGAACACUUCCCCCCAGAUGUAGCCGGCCUGUUACAGCCAGGACCCGGUGCCUCGCAGAGAAACGUGGACAUCGUGCGACGACCGGGUCACGUGAUCAGGCUGCUGCCGCCGGUGGUUUUGACCAACCUGUUGCCUGUAGAGUUAUCAUUUUACCUGAAGAGCACAGACAUCCGGGGCACGGUCAAGGCUGGCAAGAGUUCUGCACUGUAUAAUGUUGACACCACUCAGACCCUGGAACUGGGGGUUCUCUUGGAGAGUUUCCCAGAAUGCCGAGAGCUGGUCAUCCCCCUGUCCGGCAUGUCCACCAUCGACCACAAGGUCAAGCUGCGUCUGUACGACACCAAGAACCGACCCCUGCACCUGUACGUCAAGCUCAAGGCCAGUCCGGGUGGAACUCUCGGAAUCCUGAUCUCAGCCCCGUACUGGCUCAUCAACAAGACAGGCCUGCCGCUCAUCUUCAAACAGGAGGGACUGCGGGGGGAGGCGGCUGGGCAGUUUGACGAACACGAGCUCGCUCGCAGUCUGGCUCCUCUCCUGUUCUCCUACACUAACAAGGAGAACCCUGACAUGUGCACGAUGCGUCUGGGCACAGCUGUCCACCCGGACGGCAUGUCGAGCUGGUGCCAGCGGCUCAGCCUGGAGGGCGGGACCGGCGUGCGCCAGCUGUACGUGGUGCGACACGGCGGCCAUCCCUCCAUCGUGUACAACAUCGGCGUGGACAUCCGCCGCGGGAGAGGCCGCUACCACGCCACACGCAUCGUCACCUUCGCCCCGAGAUACAUCCUGGAUAACAGGACUGAGCACAAGCUGGCCUUCGCACAGAGACAUCUGGCCAGGGGAAUGCGUACAAUGAACCCAGAAGGCUACCUGUCAGCCCUGCCUAAGGCUAACGUACUGUUCCACUGGCCGCGGGUGGACCUGGACAUGUUACUGUGUGUGCGCAUCAUGGAUGUCCCAGACUGCUGCUGGUCUGGCGGCUUCAGUAUUGAGAGGAUCGGAUCAUUCCACGUCAACAUGAGAGGAAACAACUGCCGCUGCAUCUUCCUACAUGCGGAGAUCGUGCAACAUGGAGCGACAUUCUGUGUCGUCUUCACAGACCCCACUGGACUGCCUCCUCCAUACAGGAUAGACAACCAUGCGGAGGUGCCGGUGGUGUUCUGGCAGAAGGACUCGGUGGACGACAGUUUGCGAACGGAGAUGAAGCCUCACACGUCCAUGGCGUACGCUCGUGACGAGCUGACGUUACCGUCCGUCCUGGUGUGCCAGGUGAAGGGAGGGUCGUACGCCUACUACAGCAUGAACAGGUUUGGGGACGGAGACCAGCUCUGCUACGAGAACUUCAUCUACAUCGCCUUCACCGAGACUUUCAGGUCCCAGCAGGAUGCAGACCAGUGGGCAGACAAGGGUUCCAUGGCCAGCAGGGAGCUGGUGUUGGAUGUGCCCAGUGGGAACGCUGUGGUGCUCAGGAAAAAGGAGCCAGGCAAGCGUUCUCAGCUGUGGCGUAUGACGAGCGCCGGGCUGCUCCGACACGAGGGUUCCUCGCCACCGCGCCACCCCGGCUCCAGCACCGCCCCCAGCAAGGCCACGGACGGACUGGUCCUGGACAUCACCGACAUCGCGGCCAACCCCCUCAAGUUCAUCACGCUGUGUCUGAGGAAACCUGACCAGCGCAGGAAGGCAACCCAGACAUGGAACUUCACUGAGGAUGGUCGUUUGUGCUGCCUGCUGGGAGGCCUGUGUGUCCAGGCUAGUGAUGGAGUAGUGGGGCUGCAACACAGUGCUGCAGCCGUCCUGGGGCCUGUGGGCAUCACCCAGCCAGGCUACAUCCCACCAGGCCAGCGGGUCACCAGGCAGAAGGUGCAGCCAGGGUCGGGGGUCUUGGCCUGUCGGGUCAUGUCAGAUGGACCAACCAGAGUUCUGCAGAUCACUGACAUCAACCAGAAGAGACUACAACAGUCCACAGUAGAAGACUGGGUCGUGGUGCAGGACAAGACAAAAUCACAGCCUCUGGCGACCUCUGCCCCCCAACCUCUGACCUCCGACCCCUCCAGCCGUGACUUUGAACUGGAGGUCAUGCUGAAGGGCGGGGUGGGUAUCUCGCUGGUAAACCGGACACCUGAAGAGCUGGCCUUCAUCAGUCUGUGUGGGAUCUCUGUCAGCUAUUCUGCCACUGCCUCAAGGGAGAGCCUCAUAGCCACUGUCAACAAGAUACAGGUUGAUAACCAGUUGUCUGGCAGCUGCUGGCCUGUGAUGCUGUACAUGGCGCGGUGCGGGCUGCAGGCGGAGAGGGAGCGGCCGGCUGUACACAUCGCUGUGGAGAAGGAACCCAGCACCAGGCAGGACACAGAGAUUUACAAGCACCUGAUGCUGAAUGUGAGCCCCCUGGUGCUGCAGCUGGAAGAGACCGGGCUGCUGAAGUUGUUACAGUUCUUCGGGUUUGGCUCCUUGGCUGCAGAUGUGGAGAAUGUGGACGUGGCUGAAUUUGACAGCUGGAGGAACCACACGGCCGCUACAACAGCCAAACGAUAUUACUUUGAGACCCUGAAGCUCCACCCUACAGAGAUGAAACUGUCGGUUAACCGUGGAGCGAAACUCCCGCCUGACCUGAAAGCUCUGAAGGCCCGGCUGGGCCUGACCCUCAUCAGCUUUCAGGAGGCGACAGUCGACCUGGACGCCUUCACGUGUGUGCACGCCUUCGAGACAAGGCAGUUUCUCAUCGACUGUAUCUACAGCCACUACAUCGAGGAGCUGAAGGGCCAGGCUGCUAAGAUCCUGGGCUCUGUGGAUUUCCUGGGGAACCCCAUUGGUCUGUUUAACGAUGUGACGGACGGGCUGUCGGGACUGGUGCAGCAUGGGAACGUGUCAGGGCUGUUCCGCAACGUCACACACGGCCUGUCGAACUCAGCUGCAAAGAUGACGAGCGCUCUGUCGGACGGGCUGGGGAACAUCGCGCUGGACUCGCAGCACCAGCAGACCCGCACGCAGAUCAGACAACAUGGCGGCUCCGGCAGCGAGCACAUCGUGGCGGGGCUGAAGGGUCUGGGGUUCGGCAUCGUGGGGGGUCUGACCAGUCUGGUCACUCAGACGGCCGAGGGGGCAGUGAAGGGAGGAGUCGAGGGUUUUUUCUCUGGGCUUGGGAAGGGUAUUGUAGGCACGGUGACCCGACCAGCAACAGGCUUGCUGGACUUCGCCUCAGGCACGGCCCUGGCAGUGAGAGACACAGCGGCUUCAGAUGAUGCCAGUCGGCUGCAGCCGCGGCGUGUGCGGCUGCCCAGGUGCUGUAGCGGACCAGGUGGUACCCUACCCCGCUUCACAGACUUCCACUCCCAGGGGCAAGACUACCUGUACAAACUCAACGACAUGAACACCACAGAAAUGUUCAUUUCCCUGGAGCAGCUGAGACACAGUGACAGGGACUUCCUGCAGGGCCUGGUGUCCAGCGAGGCGGUGUACUUCCUGGGUCGCGGAGGGCCUGACCCGGAAGCAAUCAUCCUACAGGUCAACUACAGCGACCUGUUCCACUGUAUCCCCAUCAGGAGGAUGGCAGAUGUAACAGGUGAGGAGAGGUACUAUGUGGAGGUGACGAUGAAGGCAGAUAACCUGGCCGGCGUGCCCACUCCCACUCAGAACCCACAGAAACGGCCAGUCGUCAGGUGCGACUCCAAAGAAAUAGCAGAGAAGGUCGUGAAGCAGAUCAUGUAUGCUAAGAGCCUGUAUGAUGAACACAGGUUAACCCUUCCACCCUCCAAAGAAGAAGAUCCACUAGACUGGGACUACUAGAUACCGUAGGGGUAGUCGCCACAAAUCAGUACCUUAAGGCCUUCUAAUAGGGGUAGUGUUGUUUCCAGAACCGUGCUAAAUCGUUCUGAAUAGUCCUCGCGUAUCCAGAACCGUGUCUACAUUCUCAGAUACACGGAGACUAUCCAGAACUGUGCCUGAUCCAAAACCCUAAUCCAUUCAAGCAUAGAACUAGAUAGGCAAGGUUCUGGAUACAACAGGUAGGGCUUAGAACUACAACCUUGACAUGCAUUGUAGAGAUUAGUCCAUUGAUCAGUAGUGGCAGAUAGAGGGGAAAAAAGUGGAAAAUGGUCUUGUUUGAACUUUCGUGUAAGACGAAGAGCUGUACAGUAAACAUUGAACAUUAAGGAGAAGAACCGAGUUACAAUCAGUGUUACAAACAUUAGGGCUGUUUUCCCUGCUGCUGUUUUUGUCUAGUAUACGGACCUGUGUGCAGUAUUAUAGUGAGACUAAGUCUUCUUGAAAUAUGGCAUUUGUAAAUCUGUAUGCCACGAAUGUACAUGUACAUCAGAAUUUGGAAGCCUUUCGAUGUAAAAUGAUGUGACAGUUGGGAGACAAGUUAUUUACAAGCUGGUAUGCCAUAUACUAAAUAUAUAGGUGUCGCCAAAAUGUACUGUACAGAAUGUAAAAUGUUUAAACUACUGGGUUUUAUUCUUCAAGAAUCAUUUUGGAGGAACAUUGUUGACAAAUACAUGUGAUAUAUGUACACUUAGGGCACAGGUAGGGCAUUUGUAAGGGACAAUCUAGGUUUUUCUCCACCAUCAGAAAAAUGAAAAAAAUCUGUACUGAACUGUCAAAGCCUUAAGUCUACGAAAUGAUAUACAGUGAACUGCAUAAUGGUAAAAUUUCUUGUGGUUCAUUUCUUUGUUGAUAAGCUCACUGAUAUGCAGGCUAUAUAUUAGCAAAAUAUGCUGUCACAACCUGCAUUCUGGUGGAAUCUUCGGCCAGUAUAUAUAAGUUGUAUAUGAAGCUAGUACAUGUAUGUAUUAACAAUACUGGAGGUCAGCUAUUGUUGCUGUUGGUAUGUGCAAUAUAAAGGAAUCAUGGACUGUAAACUUUGUCUUUAAAUGUUGGUGGGUUAUUUUAUUAGCGCUACAGCUCACCGUGUUGGUGGUUAAAAUAGUAAACAGCUAAACCUCCUUCCAACUUCACAACAUCUCUGAAUUUUGGACUGUCUGUACUGCAGCCCUCAUCAGGUUCAACUGACCAAUCACUGUAAGAUCACCUGUCAUUCACGUGAUUGGUCACGUGUCACACACGUGAUUGGUCACGUGACAUUCACGUGAUUGGUCAUGUGAACCUGAUGAAGACUUAAAUGGGGACAGCCAGAAAUUUUAGACUUUUUCUUGUGUGAAAGCGAUGUUUAGCUGUUUACUGUGUUAUUUUGUUGUUCUUUCGAUCAUUUUGCAUGCAAUAGCACCGAGGUUGGCAGCAGAAUUCCUGCUGGGUCGUGAUGAGAGAAAUAAAAGUGAAAGAGCAGCAGUUGUUGCUGGUAAACUCUA